AUGGUCUCCGCCAUGUCCUUAAGCGAGCCCGACGGCUCCGCCCUACUGCUGGGCGACAUGCCAGACUACCUGGAGAUUGUCAUGCCAAGACCGGUCGGGCCGCAGCAGGAAAGCUCGUUCGUUUUGGACCUGGCUAAUCAGAGCACUGUAGUCCUUUCCGUCCCCGCAACUGAGGAAACACUGCUGAUCAAGAUUUUACCCUCGGUGGAUCCGCUGCCGGUCAAUGUAUACCUGGGCCACGGUGUCUUCCCCACCACAUCAAACUACUCUCUCAUGACCAAGAUGCCCCACGAGGGAACCACACAAGAGGAGCUGGGGGGGAACGAUGGCGAGUACUUCCUGGUCCUGAGGCCUGUCGUCGGCCCAGGGAUCAAGUCCAUCGACGCCACCGUAGACAUAUCUGUCUUCACCAGCAGCUGCAAGUUCUGGAACAAGACAAAGUUGGAAUGGAGUACCCGCGGUUGCCGGCUUGGAGCCGGCUCCACGUUCUCGCAGACGCAAUGUUUCUGCAACCACACGACGGACUUCGCCAGCUCGUUCUUCGUCAUGCCCAACACCAUCGACAUGUCGCGUGUGGCUGAGCUCUUCAGCUCCUUCGCCCAGAACCCCGUGGUGGUCUGCUUCGUGGGGUCUCUGUUCCUGGGCUACCUGCUGGUGGUCACCUGGGCACGCCGGAAGGACCUCCAGGAUACGAUGAAGCUGAAGGUGACGGUUCUCGAGGACAACGACCCCCUGGAGGACUACCGCUACCUCCUGAGCGUCAGCACGGGACACCGGCGAGGCGCCUCUACCUCCUCUCAGGUGACCAUAACUAUGGAGGGCUCGGACGGAGACAGCGAGCCCCACCACCUUAGCGCCAGAGGGAAGCCGGUGUUUGAACGCGGUGGGGUGGAUCUGUUCUUGCUGACCACACCCUUCUCCCUGGGCCACCUGCAGAGUAUCAGGCUGUGGCACGACAACUCUGGCUCGGACCCGGGCUGGUACGUGAACAAGGCGGUGGUGAAGGACCUGCAGACAGAACGGAAGUGGUAUUUCCUUUGUAACUGCUGGCUCGCUGAAGAUGUGGGAGAUUGCAUCCUAGAUAUGGCGUUCCCUGUUGCCACGGAGAUGGACUUAAAGGGAUUCAGUAAUCUGUUCUACAGCAAGACGUUCUCAGGCUUCAGCGACGGCCACCUCUGGUUCUCGGUGUUGAGCCGGCCCGCCAGCAGCCCGUUCACCCGCGUGCAGAGGGUCUCCUGCUGCUUCUCCCUGCUGAUGUGCACCAUGCUCACCAGCAUCUUGUUCUACGGGGUACCCCAGGACCCCUCGGAGCAGGUCAUGGAUAUAGGUACCAUUGAGUUCACCUGGCAGCAGUUCAUGAUUGGGAUGCAGAGUUCCCUCAUGGUGUUUCCUGUCAACAUUGUCAUCGUCAGCAUCUUCCGCUACACUCGCCCCAGGGAGAGAAAGAUGAGCCUCAAACAGCCUAAGGCCAAACCCGACGCCCGGGGCCCCAAGUCAACGCUGACACAGGACCACUACACCUCACGGCCUCAACCGGCUGAAGCCUGUGAUCGCAAAUUGGAGGCUGCUGUCAAGGACAUCAAAAAGACAGCAUGUUCGUUAUCCAAGACCCUGAAGAGCAGUUCCCCUGUGUCAGAGAAGGAGCUCGAGUCGGCAGGGAGAGAGGAUGUCAAUGCCGUACUCUCUGUGGUGGAGGCCAUCGUCCGAGAGCAUUUGGAAAAGGGUGCAGACAGGAAUGGCACCAAAGACUCUCAGCACCUUGAAAUAGAUCCGCCCAUACAAGCGAGCGGCAGCGGCGAUGGCGUACCACCACAGACCAUUACCAACGAGAGCGCGCAGAUCCACCGGGCUAAGACCCUGCACCUGCACAGACAGAUAGGCUACAUGGAGCAGAGGCUGGGGCAGCUGGCCCCGUCCCACUACCCCGAGCAGAACGCCCACCGUCGGGCCCUAGAGCACAUCCACACCAUUAAAGAACUCCUACGAGACCAGAUGGCCAAGGUCCAGGACGGAAACCUGGACAAGUUGACCCAGAGGCCCGACCCCCUCCGCCCCGAGGUGGGGGAGGGGAAGGGGAAGAGGAGCUGCUGCGGCGGUGGCCGAGGAGGUGGUCUCCCGUGGUGGUUUGUGUUCCUGGGCUGGCUCCUGGUGCUGGCCACCAGCGUGGUGGCGGGCUUCUUCACCAUGCUGUACGGCCUGAAGUUCGGCAAGCAGCUGUCCAUCAGCUGGCUCAUCUCCAUGGCCGUGUCCUUCUUCGAGAGCCUCCUCGUCAUCCAGCCGCUCAAGGUGCUGGGGCUUGCCAUCUUCUUUGCACUCGUAUUUAAGAAGUUGGACGAGGAAGACCACAAAAACGUGCAGUUUCACAAACCAACCAAUUCAGAAGCCCAGCUCGGGCAGCCCGUCUGCAGGGACAGCCGGCUCUACCGGCCCCCUCCCCCGGUGGACAUGGAGCAGAUGAGGAGGAACCGAGUCAAGGAGCAGAAGGCUUUCGCUCUCAUCAAGGAGAUCCUCACCUACGUGGGCUUCAUGUGGAUGUUGCUGCUGGUGGUGUACAGUCAGAGAGACCCCAACGCGUUCUACCUCAGUAAGCACAUCCGCAGGAGCUUCAGCAAAGACACCUCUAGCAGCAUGAACUACAGCAAGGUCUUCUCCUGGGCCAGUGGAACCCUCCUCAACAACCUCUUCGGACGCCACUCUGGCUUCAUCACCGACGGCAACUCCAAGCUGGUGGGCUCCGCUCGGAUCCGGCAGGUGCGUGUCAGCCAGAGCGCCUGCCACGCGGCGCGGCCCAUGGACCGGCUGGUGAGGGACUGCCACGCUCCGUACUCCUGGGACGCGGAGGCCAUGGGCUCCUACCACCCCGGCUGGAGGGAGAGGGCGGCGGGGGACAACGUGACUGACGGCCAGGCCACUGCCUGGACAUACCAGAACCAGGAGCAACUCCGGAGCAACACUAUCUGGGGAAAAUCUGCCUUUUAUCGGGCAGGGGGCUUCGCGGCGGACCUUGGACCAGACCGAAUCAAUGCCAGCAGGGUUCUUGAGUACCUGUACAGCAACACCUGGAUGGACACGUACACAAGGGCGGUGUUCGUGGAGUUUACCGUGUACAACGCCAAUGUGAACCUCUUCUGCAUCGUCACUCUAAUCCUGGAGACCGCAGCGAUAGGGGUGUUUGAGUUCCGCAGUGAUCUGCAGAACCUCCGCCUGUACCAAUCCCCCGGGGGCCUUCAGUUCUUCAUCAUGACCAUUGAAGUCUUCUACUUCCUGUUCAUCUUCUACUACAUGUACCUACAGGGUAAGAGGAUGAAGGCGCAGAGAGGAGCGUACUUCCUGUGCAAGUGGAACCUGCUGGAGCUCUGUAUCAUCCUGCUGAGCUGGGCCGCCCUCUCCAUGUUCAUCUUCAGGACGCUGGUGGGGAACCGCGACAUGGACUACUACCACCACCACAAGCAGCUCUUCGCCAACUUCCGCGAGACAGCCACGGCGGACGCAGCCCUGGGCUACCUGAUAGCCUUCGUGGUGCUGCUGGCCACCAUCAAGCUGUGGCACCUGCUGCGUCUCAACCCCAAGCUGCACAUGAUCGCGGCCACGCUGCACCGCGCCUGGGGCGACAUCUCCGGCUUCCUGAUCGUCAUGACCAUCAUGAUCGUCGCCUACUCCGUCUGCGGCAACCUGUUGUUUGGCUGGCAGCUUUCCUCUUAUAUGACUCUGUGGGACAGCGUGUCAACCUUGAUCAGUUUGCAGCUGGGCAUCUUUAACUACAAAGAGGUGUUGGACCACAGUCCCUGUCUGGGCUCUCUGUUCAUCGGGACCUCUACCGUGUUCAUGACCUACAUGGUCCUGAACCUCUUCAUCUCAGUCAUCCUGAUGGCCUUCAGCUAUGAGAGAGAGCAUCACAAGCCAUCCGAGGAGGAGGAGAUUGUGGACCUGAUGGUGCUAAAGCUAUUCAGUCUGCUGGGUAUCAGAUCUUCAGGACCCCCCAGUGGGGCCUACACAGGACCACCCAGUGGGGCCACCACAGGACCACCCAGUGGGGCCAACAAAGCCCCCGACUCUCAACCCCACAAGUGACAAACACCGCCAAAGACCAGUGCCUCAGUUAGCUCAUCCAAGACAGAGAUAGAAAUGUAUUAAUUUAUAUUCAUAUAUUCAUUUUACUAAUAUUAAUGAGAAAUAAAGUGUGACAAAUUAUCCCAUAAAUCCUUCUAUGGAUUUUUUUCCUACUUUAGCCCAAAAAUAUUUGGUUGGACCUACGGGAAUACAAUGUUAUUUUAAUAGCGUUUUGCUUCACUUCUAGAUUAAACAGCAAUGAGGCAAUAUUUUGAAGUGACUGGUUUGUUCUAAAAAAUAUUAACAUAAUAGGUAGUGAACAAAAUAUAUAAUUUUUUGCAUGGCAUUUUUUUUUUUUUGAGUUAAGUACAUUAAACGCAGUGUUUCAACUAUA